UUCACAAAAAUGUAAGAGGUGUGAACAUCUUGAAGUGGAAUUCAAUAAAGAGAGAAACCAGUGGUUGCAACUGAUUGAAGAAAAAGAGCACAAAAUAUGUACAUUAGAAACAAAGGCUCAAAACUUGGAAAAGAAAACCAAUGAUCACGAUACAAAUGUGAUGAAAACUUCACCUGUAGGUAUGAGUGAUGAAGAAAGUCAGACAUUUGGUAGAAUAAAUAAACCUGUCCAUAAUAAGUUGUCAAUGAAUAAAGACAGAAAAAAAGUGAGAUAUGAAGAGUCUAAGAAAAUUUCUCCAGAUGGAAGAUUGUUGGAAGGACGAAACAUAGAGAUCAAUAAAUAUGAUGGUAAGGGAAAGAUGGGUAAUUUUAAGAUUAAGCAGGAAUGUUUGGACUCUUCAGAGAGAUCACAGUUGUGUUUAAACAAUAGAGGGAUUGUGUCAGUGCCAGACUCUUGUGAACCAGAUACGUGUACAGGAUGGACCCAAGAAAUGAAAUAUUUGCCACGGAAACUGGACAUUCAAGACACCCAGGAUGUAAGAGGAAUAAGAAAACCAUCAGCUAGGAUUCUUGUUACGGAUACCUGUUACCAGGACACCAUGUCAAUGAGUCCGGUAAUUGCAGGUAAUCUGGAACUGAGUAAGGGUCGCAGAGUUAAGUUGAGAAGAGAUCGAUUUGAUGAUUUGAGAGAUGGACUGCAGUUGGCUGCAGUACCAGAAACACUUGAUGUCAAUAUUGAUAGUCCAGAGCCAUUAAGUUUGUUGAUAUGUUCACCGACAUCAACGAGCACACCAGCUGUUGAACGUUGUAGAGUUUCAAUGGAGCAUGAUAAGACUAGUCUCUUAAAGAGGGUUGUUGAAAAGUUAAGUAGAUCUGACAACAGAAAGUCAAGUGACUUGGAACAUUUAAACAUGCUAACACCAAUUCAACUGAAUGAAUCACAAAAUAUUGCCGCACGUUUACCAUCAUCAAUGUUUACAGCUGAAAAGCUUCAAAAUCCUGAAUGUGAAAUUGUGCAAAGGCUACAGUUUGAUGAAGUACCUGGAAAUAACGAUUAUACAGUAGUAACACAACGCGACUCCAGAUUAUCUUUCCUUGGUAACGAUGAAAGUCAUCCCUCUCCACUUUUGUUAAAACCAUUGGUGCCAAGACAUCACAAUAAUGGUAAGUUUAAUCUUUCCUCUGAUGUAAGCGAACAUUCUAGUCCAACAAAGAAGUCACAGUCACCACCUGGAAAAGAAAAUUCUCCUAUCCCAAAAGAAAAAUUCUCACAAGAGAAAUGGGUGCAAAAUCCAAAGAAGAGGCAGUUGCAAUGGGAACAUGAUGCAAUAGACACUGAUGAAACAUGUGUAACUGAACCUGCUCAGAAAUAUUCAAAGGGGAGUGAAGAUCAAGACUGUUUUUGUGAUGAUGAAACUGAGAGAAUGACAAGAAAUAAAAUAAAGAGAAAGAAUGGCUUAUGUGACACUAAAAAGAAAAGAACAUCAAGAAAAAAAACAGCUAAACUUGUACAAAGCACUCUUACACAAACAUUUGGUGGAGAUAUCAACAAAAUGAAUAAUGAUGUUGCCAUGGAUAUGCACUUUGAGGAUAAGACAUUUAAAGAUAAGUUCACUGCAAGUAAUAUUGAAUUUAAAAAACCUGUCUCGCCAAGGAUUGUUAACAAAAAAACUGAUACUAAAGCAGUCUGUGGUACUAACAUGGAGAUGAACUCAGAUGAGAAUUUUACCAUGCCUUGUGUUAUGAAUGGAAGUCUAGAUCCGGCUCUUCAACUGUCAGAACUGGAAGAAGAUUCUGAUUUACUACUUCAAGGCUGUAAGAGUCCAACAUUUGAUAAGAGUAAUUGCAAAGGAAGAAUAUUCCUGGGAGACAUUGAAUCAGAAAGUCUUCUUUGCAGCAAACUUGCAAACUGCAGUGAAAGUUUAAAAUUUGGUGCAGUUGACAAUAAUCAUCUCAGAGGAUGUGAUGCAGAGGAUACUGAUAUGACAUACAUAACACAGAAAACUGGUGUACAUGAUGGCCUCGCACAUUCCAAGAAAAAUAAAAAGGAAAAGACAAAUUUGUCGAAAGAAAGUACUGCUGAUGACAGUUGUGCUGAUAUGUUUGGUAGCAGUCAUGACAACAAUGGUGAAAAGAAUGAUGUUACUGAUGUUUACAACAAUGACGAUAGUCACCACAACUAUGACAACCAAAGCUUGGAGACAAGUUUUGACAGGGUUCCUAAGUCAAAUACAUCUCUUAAUUACAAACAUGUAGAAGUGGUUCGGAAAAAGGAUGCCCGGAAAAAACUGAAAGGAUUUAAUUGUAAACAGUGUGAGGAGUACUUUGGUGGUUUAGAUCUAAAUGACGAAGAGAAACUAGAAAGAAUGAAGUUUUGUUCCCGACAUCGUGGUAAACACACACCACCUAGUACACCAGAACACUACUGGGAACUGGACAUGCCAAGCACGCAAACAUGUGUAGAGAGAGGUUACAUGAAGACUGCAAAUGAAAAAGAGCCUGGUAGAAAAAGAAGACGACAACCAUAUCAACAGAAGUUCUAAAACUGGUACAAUUAUGUUAAAUUCUAACACUACUCUAUUAUAUAUACCUUCUGAUAAAUAAAGAUUUUUAUUGAAAA